AUGGGUCAGCUAUGUGGACGAUGUAUGCAGCUCCUCCGGGACUUCAUAGGCUUUGUUCAAAGGAUGUCCUCUGACUUGGUGCAAGGCAUCAAGGAAUGCUUAAUUCUGAUAAGCAAAUGCUCCUGCUUAAAACAAAACAGCUCUAAAAAUGGACAGCUGUACAAGCCCAUCCUACAGCCUCAUGAGAGAGUGACAGCACAGGAGUUUCUGCAGCAUAUUGAAACAGAUUUUGAAAUGUCUCCACUGGGAAAGGACCCUUUGGAAGCCUUGAGGACCUUAUCCUUUUCAGAAAACCCAGCUUUACAGCAGUCAGCUGCCCUCUAUUACUUGCAUAUGAGCCAGCACAUGAGCAUCCCCCUACCUGUGGAGCAUCUGGAACCCUUCUAUGCCUUACUACGUUCUGCUGACCUGGAAGUGCAGCAGAUGUCUUCCUUGUCCCUUGUCAACUUCCUGCUGGAAGGAAAUAUUGACAAAGAAUUAGUUGUCCAAAUGGGUUUACUUGAGCCAAUUUUGGAUCUGCUUGAAUCAGAGGAUCCCACUGUCCAGUGUAAUUCCUGUGCCUGCAUCAUGACUUUGGCAGUUUCGGAGUCCAACCAAGAGGCUAUUGGUGCUGCUAGAGGAGUUACACCCCUACUGUCUCUUGCCAAUUCAUAUGAUCCCAGAGUCCAACAAAAUGCAGUUGGUGCUAUUCUGAACCUCACACAAUCAGAGAAAAUCCAACAAGUCCUAUGCAAGGAAGGAGCCCUACCAGUUCUUGCCUUGCUUCUGGAAUCUCCUGACUCAGAAGUCCAGUAUUACAGCUGUGCUGCCCUGAGCAAUGUGGCAGCCAAUGUUCAGCACCACAAAGCCUUGCUGAGACCCAGUGACAGAUUCCUGCUGAGGACACUGAUCUCUCUCCUAUCCUCUUCUGUGGACAAGGUUUCAAGCCAGGCAUGUGUUUGCCUAAGAAACUUGGCUACCAGUGUGGACAUCCAGGCUGAGAUGGUUGCUGAGAACGUCCUGCCCAAGCUGUGCUCUCUCCUGGCCUCUGGAAACGAGGAUGUGCGUCGUGCCUCCAUUGCUCUGCUCUGGAUACUCUCCCAGCACCCGCCCAACCAGGACACUCUGGCAUGUUCUGAGCUACUGCAGAGCCUGGGGACGUUACUGGCAGCACAUAAAACAGACCCUGUGAUUGUUGGACAUACUGCUUGCAUCAUCAAAAACCUGAGCCUUUCCAAAAACAGACAGAGAAUCACUGAGAGCUGCUGUGUUGAAGGUCUCCUCCAGACCAUGCUUUUGACUGACACUCAGGAAGACUACCUUCGUUAUGUGACAUCCUGCCUUGCUGAGCUAGCAAAGCAAGAAGGAGCCAUGUUACACAUGGUCAAGUGGAUGGAUGAACCUUUGACAAAGUGCUUGGUAAGACUGGCUGGCCAACUCGAACAUCCUGAGCCAUCUUUCCAUGCUGCCUCCAUCAUCCAUCACACGAUCAGUCACGAAAGAAUGAUGCUUUUGUGGAAGCAUCACAUUGGAGAGAUUCAAGCCUACCUCAAGAAUUUUCUUACCCACCAAGAGGUCCGUUUUCAGCAGCUGGGCAUCUCCACACUCUGCAAACUACGAGCAGGUAUGUCCUUCCUGCCAAGGCUGCCUGCAUCCAUCAGCAGCAAACAGGCACUGCUUAGUAACAGAUCACAGAAUCAUUGGGGUUGGAAAAGACCUCCAAGAUGAGUCCAAGCACUGACAGUGCAAACUUCUCUGGAGACAAGCUCUACUCACUUAAGAAAACUGAAUAAUCUCAAGAAUAGCUGUUACAUGUUUUUUAAGCAGCUCUUUAAGAGUAUCUCCCAAUAA